AUGUUCCAUCCACUCCUCGUUCUUCUCAGCACAGCAGCCCUGUUGCAGGUUGGCCUCGCUACUCCCCUUAGCGUUCGCGACGUAGCCGCAGAGCCUGGAAACGUUACUUCGGACUCCCUUGAAGACGCAGAGGCAGGACGUAACUGCUUUUGCACCAUGGAGUAUGCGCCAGUCUGUGCGGGCAACAAAGUGUACUCCAACAAGUGCAAGGCCAUGUGCGCUGGAGAGACGGAACAUUCGCUUGGAGGGUGUAAUCAGAGUUCAUAA